GCUUUGGUCAGGUUGAUAUGGAGUGGCGUCAGCAGAGCAGUGUCAGCUGUGCUGAAGCUUUCAGCGAGGCUCAACGUUGGAUUGAGGAAGUGACUGGAAAAUCCUUUGGGAGCAACGACUUCCGUGCUGCUUUAGAGAAUGGAGUCUUGCUUUGCGAUUUGAUCAACCAGUUGAAACCUGGCAUCAUCAAAAAACUGAACAGGCUUUCUACUCCCAUUGCUGGACUGGAUAAUGUGAACGCAUUCCUUAAAGCCUGUGACAAGCUGGGUCUAAAUGAAUCACAGUUGUUUCACACUGGGGACCUACAGGACCUGUCGACUCGUGUGACACUCAGGCGAGAUGAAAGCAAUAGAAGACUGAAAAAUGUUUUAAUCACAAUCUACUGGUUGGGUCGCAAGGCUAAUAUUGACCCUGUCUACAAUGGCCCUCAGCUUAACUUCAAGGCUUUUGAGGGGUUGUUGGGUUUGGCCUUGUCCAAAACUUUAGAUGAAAGUGGUAAUGCGACUGCAAAAGACACUGGCUAUAAAGAAUGCUGGUAUGCAGAAAGGGAUGAAUUUCAAAGUUUGAAACCAGACUACGUGAGGGAGAACUCCACAGACUCUGAGUCACGGGUUGUGCGCUUUAAUACUGAAGGUUGUGGAAGUGACGCUGAAGCUGACCAGGUGUUCAGGGUGGAGAGAUCACAACGUUCAGAUCAGCAAAACAAAACCUGCAUCCCUCCAACACCUGUACAGAGAAAACAAGGAUGGGAUCCAAACAGGACAAGUUCUACUCAUCUACUUACCAGUAGAGCAUAUCCUUUCCAGGUCAGACCUGGCAGACCGGUUCAGGUCAAUCCUGGCUGGAUUUGGAGCAAAUCACUGAAUGACAUCCCAAUGGUAUAUCCAGUGUACAAAGUUUAUGAUGAAGACACAGCUGCUGAUGUUGUCCAGGACACUGAUUUGGCAAGAGAGUGGAAUUUUAAGAACAGACAGAGGAGCAGCAUUUGUGCCAAGGACAGUGAAGCUAAAUGGCAGGAUGAUUUAACAAAGUGGAAGAAUCGUCGCAGGAGCAUGAAGAAUGACUGUGGGAAGAAGUUGCAGGACAGAGAGCAUGUUGUUGCUCAGAUGACCAAUGGGGCUGUGACUGACCUUGAGCAGGAGGCGAAACAGAGUGAGCUGCUAAAGAGGUCUGAUGUCCAACCACAUACGUGGGCUGUGCUGUCCCGGAGCAGUGCCACUGAGAAGAAACAAAGCUCCCAUGUCCAGGGAUCUGUAAUUGGAGCUGCUUCUGAUGGUAGAUUUGUGGACGAAAUGGAUUUCUCGUCCUUGACUUCAGGUGGGGUAGACGUCACAACAGCUUCUCUGGAAAGUCGUUUUAGUCUUCAAGUUAAACCUGAAUGCUUUCUAGCCACAAACCAACCUACAGAUGAAUUGGGACAGCUGGGAAAUGGUUCUACAGAUCACACCCUCUCUCCAAUCAUAACAGUGGAGCAAACUGACCCAGUCAAAUCAAGUAACUCCAAGAAGUCUGCUGAACCGGUUUCAUGUCAAAAUGGUCAGUCAUACACUGAUACAAAGGGCAAUACUUCCUCAAAUGUUCCUGAAGGCUUUUCCCACCUGAACCAUAAUUCCCAGGAAGAAAGCAAACUGAAGUUGUGUGAACAAGUGGUAGAGGAUGAUGAAAGCCAGCAGUCUACAAGUUUUUACAGGUGCUUCUCCCAGCCUGGGCUGUGGUCCCGCUCUGCCAGCCUUCCACGUGGUUUUCGGCGUGCUGAGGGAUCAUCCCGUUUUUCUGGUGUCAUCACAGCUAGACCUUUUGGACCAAACAGUCGAGCAGUCCCUCAACUGUUCCAUUGUGCAGUGUCUGAAGACAACCAGAACCUACUGCUGAACAGUAAAACUGAAGAGUCUUUGACACCUUCCAAGUUUAUGCUCAAAAGACAGACUGGAACAUCCCAGAUGACAAACCAGUACAAAGUUUCAGUCGGCCAAAACAAAGCCAACCAAGCAACUCUGGAGGAAGGAGAACAGAGGGAGGAGGGCAAGGGUGUCAGUCCUUCAAGCCAGACCAAUGGUUAUCACCAUCAACCCUGUGCACAGACUCAACCAGAACGUUAUCCAAACGUGCAAUCUCAGAAUGACAACAGUUUAACUUUGCUGUCUCGUGGUGCCCCUGAUUGGCGAAAGAUGGAUCACAGUGACAUGAAAGUACAUCUUUCCCUUAAACCAAACAGUAAACCAAAAUUUGGUUUCAAAAUUCACUGGGACUCUACUGGGACAACAAUUCAAUCCAUCCAACCUGGCAGUCCAGCAGAGCUUUGUCAGCUAUGUGUGGAUGAUGAGAUUGUGGCUGUUGAAGGAUUUGCUGUGGCAAAUAUGAGCUACAACCAGUGGAAGAAUAAAAUGACAUCUGCCCUGAAAACUGGAAGCAUGACCAUGGACAUUCGACGUAGUCUCCACAAGGAUCAGAGCACCAGUGAUGGGAAUCGUUUCAGCCAGAAAGAGAUGACCCUCAGUCUGACUGAUGUGACGUCCAAACUUUUAAGUUUCCCUGGUCACCAUGACAAGAGUUCUUCUUCCAUGGAAACCACAGUUGAAAAAACUACAGUCACAGAUGGACAGAUCACUGACAAGACAAAGAAAAUCAAAUGCUCUGCAGUGUACAAUUCAUGGGUUUACUUAUGUGGAGGUUCUGAAUCUGCAAUAUCUGAUAUCCAGGUACCUUCCCUCAGCUCCUCCUCAUCCAGCUGGUCAUGGGACCGUGAUGAGGACCGCAGGCGCCAGGAGAAAUGGCAGAAAGAACAAGAGCGCCUCCUACAGGAACAAUGCCAGCACAAUCAGGAGAGGCUGGAAGCAGAAUGGCGGAGGGCACAACAAGAUGUUUUUAGGGAGAGGUGUACAAAACUACAGAACACAUCUGAAAUGCCCCCUCGUGCUGAGAGUCUUGCCAGCUCCCAGCUACGUGUGAAUGGAUUGGCAGUGACAAACAAAAGCAGGAAAUGUGAGCGAAGCCCUGAAACUGAAGAGCUUCGAGAGUAUAAUCCUCAAAACGAUGCAAAAAGAGUGCAGAAGAACAAGAUUCCACGUAAUGACUGGCCUGAGGACCACUGUGGUUUUGGACAGCUGUCUGCUGCACACAGGGCAAAGUCUUUGUCGACCUCGUCAUUAGCCGGCCUCCACAAACAGACAAGAGCUGAUCAGAAGAAAAAGGCGCUGUGUCUUUCUAAGGCUGAGAAAGAGAGACAGCAGAUUUUGGAGGAGAUGAAAAAAAGAACUCAGCUUCUGACUGAUAACAGCUGGAUACGCCAGCGCAGCAGCAGCACGUACAAGGAACCCAUUUAUAUUGGAGUCCCCAUGAAGAGGUAUGAGUCCCUGGAUAACCUUGACACUUUACGUCAGUCUCCACUGUCAACCAGUACGGUCGGUUGCUUCCGACCCCACUCUGCUGCUGAUUACGUUCCAACUAGGAAUGCCUCCUCCCGCUACACCACUGGAUCAUCGCUGUCUCACAGCAGAACGCAUUUCUCUGAGGACACCACAGGUCACUUACUCCCUGGAAACGAGCCAGCUGACCAAUCCAUGCCCACCUCUCAUCAUGGCAGGGUGGUCAGUGGAAAGCGGAUUUGCUGUGUGUGUGAGCGUGUCCUGGGUAGGGGUGCAGCCAUGGUCAUUGAGGCCCUUGGUCUCUGCUUCCACCUCGCCUGUUUCCAGUGUGUGGGCUGUCGCCAACAUCUUGGAGGAACGGAUACUGGAGUCCAGGUCCGCAUCCGAAACAGGAAAGCCUACUGUGAGCCCUGUUAUUUACAACUCAAGUAAUGCGUGAUGUGUUUAAGAGGGAGCUCGUGAACAAGGAAAUGAGAACUGCUGUUUGGACAGAGAUCCCUGCCACCCCAUGACCCGCUCCUGUCUCCUGCUAAAACUGAGUUCUGACGUGGCUGUGGAUGGAUGCACAUGCACGUUUACUUUGUGUUGCCAUUAAGUUGUUACAUUGGGAUGUGCUUAAUCUCUACUCAUGAUUGCGUUGCUCAUGUGAAAUUAAUAUAAUGUAAGCACAAUUUAACUUCUGCUAAAGCACUUCUUUAGUGAAUGCAGUCUCACCGUGUGCACUUUGGUAUAUGGAGGAUGAUUUAUCACUUAAAGUAGCCUUCUUGACUGAAUGCUGGUGUACAUAGCAGCUACCUACAUGGUGGUUUUGUUAUGCAUCCGUGUGCCACAUGGUGGUGGUGUUGACCGUUUUCAAUGUUAAACAUAAAAAUGCUUUUGAGUCUGCAAGUGAGGGCUGUGAGCUGUACAGUAUUUUUCUCUUGGUGCAGUACAGAUGGAGUAAAUCAGUGUUUUUACUCUGACAGAUUAUGUAAUACAGUAUGCUGCAACAGCAUUAAAUAACCCUGGUACUUUUAUGAAACAUUAAUCCAUAGGUAAAGAAAUGUUGCACAUUUUACAUGUUUUGUGAUGUCACAAAGAAAGUGAUUGUGAAGUGUCA